AUGGAUCAAUUGGUAUUGAAGCCACGGGCACCCCUGGAGGACGAUGUGGAAAACUGGGAUGAUGACGACCUUGACAUUGGGGGCGAUGAUUUUACAUUUCGAAGUGUCUCAGUAGCAACAACUGCAACCAUUGCGUCGACACGCAGAGAAUCGGUUUCUUCACGUUUAUCGAUAAGAUCGGACUACAACGAGGAACGACAAGUACAUUUACCAGAAGACGAUGAACGAGCAAUGAACGAUGCGAUCGCGACAGCGAAAAGAGCCGGUAUACCUUUACCGGAAAACGUACCUUCCUCGGCUUUAUUAGGAGGAAGUAUAAAAAGACUUGGUGGAAGAAAAUUAAGGAAGGUGAUUUCAGACGAUUGGGAUGAUGGGGAUAUCGAAGUACCAAUUGGAGAAGCCCUAAAGAUCAAACAACAAGAUGGGUCUCAAUUCCCAGAAACACUACGUCAAGUUAGCGGCUCUGGAUCUGUAAGUCCGCAGAAGACAUUGAUGGCUGCUCCGAUAUUCCAUGUUAGUCCGAGGCCCGAAUUGAAAACGAAGGCGGCAUCGUCGAACAUGCUUGAUCGCUACAGAGAUGAGGAGGACGAUGACUUCUUUGGAGAUGGCGAAGCAACCAUAAAAGUUACAAAGAAACGGAACCCUCAGUCUAUGGCACCCUCCGUCGCGUCAACGAAACCAGAAAAAUGCAAGGAAACCGAAGAAGAUUUCGAGCAAGAUCUACAACUUCCUUCAGAUGGAGCUUUGAAGCUCACUACUCGUAAAGAUAUCCCGAAGACCCCUCAGAGUAUCCAGGACGAUUUUGACGAUUGGGGUGAAGGCAGUUUAGGUACUCGAUUUGGUGGAACACAAAGAGAUGGUCGAUCCAAUAGGAACUCAGAUUCCUUCGCUAUGAGCCCUAGCAUCGCCAGUUCCAUGACUGCUGAGAGUGAAGAUGAAGGUCUUGAAGGUUUAAUCUUACCGAGUGGCCCUCUUAAUUUCGAGGAUAUUCUCAAGAGGCGUCAACUAAAUGAUUGGCCAGAACGUCCAUUAGAGCCCAAGCAACCAAGAAAAAGUUUGGGUGGAAAGGAUGACUUUUUGACUGGGCUUGAGAUUGGCGAUGGGGACGUCUUCGAUUCGAAGAAGCUCACCUUAAAUCGUAACGUAAAGGUUCUACCUACUAAACAACAAAGCCCAACUCGACCCAAGCCAUCGGUUUCAUUAACUUUCACAAACAAACCUGCGCUUCCUUCCACCUCCCGACUCCCUAGGCCACAUGGACAUGAACGUAUUCCAUCAUCUCUCGAACCAGUUUCAGAGAGUGGUGGGCCAAUACCGAGUCGAAAUCGUAGGUCGCAAUCUAGGUUGGGACAUUCAGUCCAUUCUUCAAUCAAUAGUAUUGGAUUGUCUAACGCACCAUCUUCUAAUCAUCCAAUACCUCCAUCAACUCCUCGGCGUCGUGAACUAGGUGCAAAGUUAUCCACAUCAACUCUGCGCAAUGAGCCUACAACGACCAGUUCCCAACUACUAAAGCUCAAGCGGUCAAUGCCAACCAUGAAGACUUAUCAGCCUUCGCCAGCUAAGCCAAUGCCUACACGAUAUGAGAGACCUCAGUCUCGAACGGAAAUCAAUAAUAGGCCACUCUCAAUGUCUCGGUCCAAGGAACCUGUCGAAAAAGAUCGAUCCGGAGCUGAGUCUAGCAUGUCCUUUGUUAGAAAAAAUCAUGUUCCAUUCUUACCUGCUGGUGGUGCUUCCAGUUCUCAAUCACAUCAUGUCACUGCAAAACCAUCCCGGCAUCUUCGCCGCAACGACUCUGAGUCCUCAAGUAAUAGCGCCGAUUUUCGUCCUCCGUCGAGGACGCUUUCAAGGCAAACAUUUCGAUCGCCCAGUCCGCGCAGAUCUCUUCGUGGUGCCGAUAUGCUUGCUCGUGAAGCUACUAUGAAGCGGCAAAUCACGAAACCUGUUCGACGAAGACAUUUUGGUGAUGGCUGUGAACUUGAUGCUUUUGAUGAUCUACCUACCUCGCGAGAUGCAGAGCAAAAGUUUGUCAAAGAGCCGAUUGGCCGCGGCCCGCCUAAACAGCUUUCACUUCGCAACAGAGCUCAUCAACACAUUAUGCCCAUCCGAAACUCAUCACCUGUACCUCUAACACCAUUGACACCAGCAAAGAGCAGGAGUGAAUUACCACGCUUUGCGCGCGAUACUGCCGCCAGCCGCAUGGCUCGGGAAGCAACAUCAUCUCAUCGCACUGUCUCUGGGUCUGGAGCUCCUCUUGCUGCCCUUACAAAUCAAUGGAGGGCGAAGGUUUCAGCAACGACUGGACUCAGUCCGGUUCAUGCACAAGGUUCAGUUCGAUCAAAAAAGAAUAAGGUGCCCCAAAAGCCACAACUUAUUAAGCCCAUGGGAAAUGUAAACAAUCCCAGAUCUGUGAAAGGAAUGCAAUAUGAUCCUAUUAAUUAUCGAUGGGAAGGCAACGAAAUUGAAGUAUCGGCCUUUGAUAUGCCAGCUUCUGCAACCCCGACAGCUUCAAUACCUGUACAGACACCAAGGGCGAUAGCACCGCAGAUAUAUCGGGAAAAAGAAUGCUCGACACCUCGUCCUGCGCUUAUCACCAAUAUAAACUCUGCCCAAAAUGUCCAAGUCGUUGGCGGAAUGGUCUUUGACCCGCAACGUAUGUGUUGGCUUAAAAUGCCAGGGGACAACAAAAGAGCAAAAAGCGAAUCUGGUGAUACCAUGGAUGGAUUUGAUGCGCUCGAAGAUGAGGACGAUGUCUUCAAGGACGUUCCUGAUCUUGAGGAAGGGCCCUCUAAGGAGUCUGAUGAAGUUUCUGGUAUGAAGGGUGAAGGUGCCAGUGGUCUCAGCGACUGGCUUGUUGGUGAAGAAUUUGAUGUCGGUCCAGAAUUCGUUAGGCGACAGAGAGAGGAGGAAGAGCGCUGGAGGAGAAAGUGUGAGAAAUGGAUCGGCGCCGCACGCAACACGGAAGGAAACUCCUGGAGAUGGAGCAUUCGAGACGUAGUAAAUGAAUUAUGA